ACAAAUAACAAAUUGGAGGCAAAAAUAAGAAUUUCUCUUAAAUAUUUUCUGGACCCUAUCCCUAAGCCCAUCGCCAUUCUCAUUUAAAGCGUAUCCUUCAUACUGCCCAAGCCACAUGCAUUUCAGCUACCAUCCUAGCGCCAGCAACACCAAUAACGUGGUAGACCUCAAUCCAGACAAUGAAUUUGAUGGGACGCCAACGCCGCGAAAACUGAUAAUCGGUUCUUUCUCCAUGUUCGUAAUAUUCUCGUAUCUGCAGCUACUAUACAUCCUGGUGUCCAUCUACUUAGCGUUGCACGCUCAUCAUUAA